GAGAGAGAGAGAGAGAGAGAGAGAGAGAGAGAGAGAGAGAGAGAGAGAGAGAGAAGCUGGUGCGGUGCGUUCAACAGCAGCUCGGCGUCCCGCGCUUCGGGUCCCCACGGUUUCCUUCGUUCAUUCCCUCUCUCUCCGUUUCCUCUUCUGGACAUUAUUUCUGAAGCCGGCACGGAGAAAUGUCCGCCAGACCAGGAUUUUAUCGCCAGGAGCUGAACAAGACCGUGUGGGAGGUUCCUGAACGGUACCAGAACCUGACACCGGUGGGCUCCGGUGCCUACGGCUCGGUAUGGUAAGUGUUUGUGUGGAGGGGCGAGGCAGGCUGCACAAGCCGGAGAGCGUUUACCGUAUAUUGGUCAUGAUGCAUCAACAUUGCGAUACGUACUUAGCGGCUGUGUCAGGAGGGGGUCGCUUUGGGAAACUGAUUCUUUUUGGGGGGGUUUUGCUGACAUGGUUCGUUAAUAUCAAUCGAGUAGCCUUUGUCUGCAGCAUUCAAAUACAUAUUUACGUAGGAAACAACAAUCAAGUCUAUGUUUCAGAAUGUGGGUUAAAUAAUAUAUUUUAAUGUUGGUGCAAAUGUCAGCAAUAUCAACAAACAGCUGGGCUGCCAGACUUGAUUUUAUCCCCCACUGUCUGCUGUGUUUUUUUUUAUACUGUGAGAAAGAAUUAGGGCAGCAUAGACACAGGAAUUUCCCAAAUGAUCCUCCACCCUCUGCACAUACAAAAACUGACAGGCAGCAAAAAUCAGAAAGAGACUUUUUCCCCCUCUGAAUAUAAGAGGAAACUGCACAGGCUGGUAUAUUUGGAUGCUGGUGAUCAUUGCCAGAUCAAGUAUGAUAACACCUCGUCUCUGCUGCUUUUUGUGCAGAAUAGGUAACACACAAUACAAGUCUGACACCCUAAAACUCAAGGCAUUAACGUUUCACACACAUUUGGCAUAUUCUUUAGUAUAUCCACUCAGUGUAGGUACAUUUAGACAUUUACAACCAUGUAACAUAGGCCUACAGUUUAAUUGCUUAAUUCUGGACCAGUCUGUAUCAGCUGGUUGGAUUCUGUUGCCAUGGUGAUGUGUCAGGGUGAUAACUAUCUCCAGCAGUCAAUAUUAAUUAAACAACAAUAGCAGGCUAGGAUGUUAUCGUGGGAUCAUCAGAUUUUUGUGACAUGAAUAGGAUGAUAUCCACCCCGUGUAACCCCACAUUUUGGCAGCUUGAUGGCUGAAGUGUUCAACAUAAAGCACUUGAACAUUUUCCAGCCAUGAAGAGACAUUUCAUUUCAAAAUAUUUGUAGGUAAAACAAAUAAUGUUGCAGCAAUUCGAUCAUAUUCUAGUUUGUCACAUUCAAAAGGGUUACAAGAUUUAACCUUUGACUCGGGCAGCUGGCCACAGAGCCAUAUGUCUCUGGUUGUGGACAGUAAAAUCAUUGUCAGUAGGCCAACUAUCUUAAAAUUUUGAAGUCUAUGUUCCCGUCCUGUGAAGCCUGGUACCAAAAAGAGAAGAGAAGAAAAAGAUUUAGUGUCUGAAAAUCAAAAACAUCUCCAGAUGGAGGACUCAAUUUGUGCAGUUUGGGUGGCAGCCUUUACUGCCAGCUAUUUUUACUCUGUCAAGUUUUGUGCCCUGUACUGAGUCUUAUCAAAGAUUUGUGAUUUGGAGCCUAUAUGUUGGCCUGUUUACCAUCCUAACCCGCAUUUUAGGACAGCCAGAUUCAUCCCAACAGCUGACUUCCUCUGGAGUCAGAUGUGAAUGAAGACAUUGUCUGAAAUCACAGGAGAUCUAAGGUGCUGCUGCUGAAUUGGUUGGUGCUCCACUUAAUGAUCUGGAGCCCCACAGGAGUAUUUUGUGCAUAAACACUUAGUCAACUUUGCAGCUGUAAAGCUGUGCUCGGAAUAGCUCAAGAGUUUAAAGGUAGACCUCAAUAUCAAGGGAGUCUGCACAAAACUGUAAGACUAUGGUUUGAUUUCUAUUUUGAACACACAUGCUACAUACACAUGUCAUACAUAGUGACAUGAAAACUCCUGCCCAAAAUACUGUUGUUUUCCCAUUUGGCAUUGAUAAUUCUACUUCUCAGAAAUGUCUGUUUAUCUCUUGGAGGCUCUAUUUUGAACAACUUUGAAUUUGUAACACAGAAUAAUUAACAAUAAGAUACUCCAGAUUUUAAAGGUUCAGCAGGACAGAAGCGAGAAACAUAUCUUUAUUACUUUUAACCGUAUAUAGAUGAAGAUUUCCCACUUCCUAUUUUCACCCUAGUUCCUCCUUUCAGUUACCACACUCAUGUUGCAAAUGAUUCAUCUUGAGCAAUAUCAAACUAGGGGCUUUUCUACGUGUUAUUAAUAAUUCAAGAGAUUAUGUUGUAACCCUUUUUUCAUCCUGUUUAUUUGUCCGCAGCGACUUAAGUCAAUUGCACAGUUGUAAAGCUAAGACUUGCAGAGACAGGAUGUGUCACCUGUUAUCUUUAGAUACCUAAAGAUACAGUGUGUGGUGUUUAAUGGCAGAACAGACAAGAAAUGGAAUAUAGCAACAUCAGUACUUUAACAUUAAUGUAUAUAAAAAUCUUUUAAUUUUUGUUUAUUUGAAAGGAACCUUUUAUAUCCUCUAUAAAUUCUGCAGACGCCACCAUUUUGCAUUGUUAUAUUUCUAUGGUAACACAGAAAGGCCAAACUAGUGAGGGCUGCACGCAUUUUUGUACCUAGUGAGUGAGGGGGUGAGCAAGGGAGCAUUUCAAUUGACAUAAUGAUUGCUUAAUAUUAGUAUAGUCCCAUUUCUACUCACUGUACCUUUAACAUUAUGUCUAUCACUGUAUUGACUUAAUUUUUAGCCUGCUCAAAGCGAACAUUUUCUGGUGUUUCAAUGUCACUUGUAGUGAGCUUACAUUAACCAACUUUUUCAACUACCUAUGAUCAAAUAUUUCAGUUUUUGGGUGUUGCUAAUUCUCACACAUUUUGUAUUCAAAAGUAACGUAAUACCCGAUCAUUAAAUCUAAAACUGUUGUUGCAGUUUUAUUCCUAAAUUGCUCAUUUGCUCUUCAGUCUUUCCACAUUCCCUAUGCAGUAGAAGUUGAUGUUCAUUAUGCUAACAAAUGCUUCCUUGCAUCCCCUCUCCGUUCGACCUGAAAAUGAGCUCCCCUCCCCCAUGAUGGAGAAUCUUGCAAUCCCUCAAAUGCACCCCAAGGAGCAAAGAAGGGUCCUGGUGCAGCUUAGAGGGCAAGAAAUCCAAGUAUAACCCGUGCCAGCUCCCUUUUUAUUAAAAGUCUUUAUGUAAAAAUAUCGUAUAUCUGUAUGUACAUGCUUAUGCAUGAUGCCACUGAACCAGGAAUUUCCUGUUUGGCAGCUCUGGUUCCUCCAUCCUUGUGUCUCUUUCUUCACAUCUGUCUCUCACAUUCCAGCUGGGAGGAGCUAAGGCACCAGAAACAGAUAGGAAUGAGGGAGGCGAGGGAACUUGUUAGCAUAAUGAAAAGCUCGCUUGGUGGAGAAUCACUGAUCAGAGCCCUUUGUGUCUGCAUGUAAUUCCCUGACAUGCAUGAUCUGAUGCGUUUUAUGUCUGGCUGGGUUGAAAAGAAGAAGGAAAACUUAAAGAUUACAGGAUUAGCAGGUGUUUUCCCCUUUUUUUUAUGUCCAAUGCAGUGCUUAUCUAAGCUGGUCUGUUUCUGAAGACAUCAUGUAAGCAAAACAUCACAAUCCCACUUAUGACAUUGCUUGUCUUUAGAUGAUACCCACACACAAAGGAGGUUUUUCUACACACCAGCCAGCAUUGUCCUGCAUUAUUAAUGUCGAUCUACAGCUAUUGUGUGGUUCUCAUAUGUCAAGACCUGACUAGCAACUAGCCUGGGAAUAGGAGGGGUUAGAGCAGGACAUAUAUAUGUAUGCCACCAUGGGGGGGGUAAGGAUAGUCUCAGAGUCUACCUCUUGAGAUGCACAGUAAAACUGCUCUCAUCAUUUAUCUCAAAUGGCACUUUGUUCUCACGGUUUAAGCUCCUGAGACUGCGGGCCUUGGGUCAAGGAUCUGACAAGAUGUUAUAAUCUAAUAUAGCAAGAGCUGAAGAACUUAUACCUCCGUCACCCAAGGGAGACGAGGUGCAGCAACACAGAGCAAAGGAGCUGUACAGGAGGUGUAUUAAAAACAGAGGACACUGAAGGAGAGAGUUAAGCAUCACAAAUAGCAGCUGCUGGUUUAAUCACUAAACAAACAGUGCUACUUGAGACUUGAUAAAUCAUAAAGUUUGACGACUGAACUUGAUAUCUUCAGCCUAAUCCAGACUUAUUGUUGUCCCAGUCUUGUGAUCCCAUUGAAUAUUCUCUUUUCUGCGCCUGCUUCUUAAAACAGAAAUUGGGCCGGUUUUAGAGCAGCUGAGAGUGAAAAUAAAGAGCUCUAAGCUUAUCACAGUUUCUUUCAUCUCAUAUCAGCAUAUGUAACAUCUGCUCAGAAAACCAUAACUUGGCAUGAAGCCCCUCAUUUGGAUGUGUAUGAAUAAAACACGACAUGUCAAAAUUGUUAUGUUUCCAGUUGUCAGACAGAUUGGAAACAUGACAAACAAGCAGGGGAAGGGGUUGGGUUUUGAUUUGAUUGCUGAUCUUAUUAGGGUGGAUGGUGGUUAUCAUGUGACUGCAGUGCGAUUGUGAAAUAUGAGAAAAUGUGGUUCAGUGCUCAAGUCUGAAAAUGACGAUGAACAUCCGGUUGGCAAAGCUAAGCUUAGCUCCAGCGGUGAGUGUUGCUCUGUCCAAAUGUUGCAAAUUUAAGGAAGUCGGUGUUGGUCAAAUGCAGUGUCAGGAAACAGCGUGCCCGCAAAAAGCGAGUUUUGUCCUCUUUGCAUGUGUGAAAUACAACUUUCCCCCCACAACCUGCUGGGAAAAUUACAUGAACUCUGACACAUUAUGUACAUGAGAACUCUUCCCAUGGGAAUAGGCCACAAACAUGAAUAAUUGGACUCUGUGUUUUGGCUUCCCCUCCUCCUCUUCUGACAGCAGAGGCACAUUAAGUCCUCAGAUAUAGAAAAACAAAAGGAGAUGAUAGAAAUCGAUACUAUGGUCUGGGGACUGUGUGUGCUGACAGCAGCGCAGUCAGGCCCAUGUAUGGAAGAUGGCAGGGAGGAGGGAAUGUGAGAGCAGAGAGGCCUGGCUCAUGUCAGAGGAGGAGGAGGGGACUGGCUGCUGUCCUGGCUGAAGCCUGGCAGGGCAGGGACAUCCGGACUGGCAGCAGGUGAUUACAAGACACAGAAGCGCAUGAAUGCACCAAGCCAUGAAAGAGUAAAGCGCACUCGACCGUGUAAGCAUUACAAGUCACUGUGAAACAAUACAGUCAUAUUUACAAAUAGGAAGCAUGCUUCAUUUGAUGUGCACUCUUUCUGUGUAAAGAUGACCACAUAUGCAUUAUACUGUACCUGCUGUGAACUAACAUGACUCAGAAAGAAAGACACCGAGCUGGAGUGAGGCCCUUCCAUGGUUUGGACGCCGUACAGAAAGUACAGAUUGUGCUGGUGAGAUAAAGCCACAGUUAGAGAAAAGUCAAACCAGAGACUGUUUCUGAAAAUGGUAAAAUAGAGCAAAGGUUAAGUUUCCUGAUCUGCCCUGAGGCGCUUUGAUUCUGUAUUGUCUGCUUUACAUAACGAAGACUGUGGGGAAUAAGCAUUUUUCACAACCGUUGAAUAAGAUGUGCAGAUUAUUUCCACUCCUUUUUAUAAGAUAAAUCUUAAAGGUACUGUGAGGAGUUUUUCAAAGGUUUAUAAACAGACUGAAACUGAAACUGAUGCCUCUUCAUGACCUUCAAAAGCAAACAAGACCAUCAGCAACUGGGCUGAUCAUUUCUUUAGGUAGUUUGUAAUACCUAAAAACUACUGUAAGGGGGGGUCGGUGUCAGGCCACAUGAUUGACAGCAAGAAGAAACUGCUUUGAAUGCAGUUUUUUAGGCAGAGAGUCUAAGGGAUAGAUACAUUUUACUCUUAAAAGAUGACAGGAUGAGGUUUUGGUCUGAAAUCACUUCUUUCACUAGUACAGGACAAGAGAUAUGAGGUAUCACUUUGUCAACAGGGGGCAGCAAAUCAGAUGCAAACCAAAAGUAACAAACAGCAGCUUUAAAAUAAUGUUUGGAAAGGUUAGCUUUGGUUAGUAUCUAGACAGGAAGUGAGAUAGUGGGUGGAAGCUAACUUUUCUGGCAUUUAGUAUGUUUACACACACUUCAAAAUCGAUUUCUCGCAUCUGUACUUGGAUAAUACAGUUGGAGAUCCAUUUUGUCUUGCAUGUAUAAAGCUCAGUCAGAUUGGAACUGGCCUGAGCAUUCUGCACAUGCUCCGGUGUUAGCAUGCCGGGCUCUGAGCUGGUAAUUGAACAGCAUGGAUGCUAGGAAGCCAGGUAGUAAACAAACCCUUAGCUGAAAGGGGUCAUGACUCCACCUACUCUAGCAGAGGUGGACAUGCUUCUGUUAAUAAUUCAAUUCUUGCCUAGUGCGCCUUAACUGGGACAAGGAUAGUAGUCCAAGUGAAAUCACCUAACCGAGCUUUAGCUGUAGCUCGACUUGUCUGUAUGUGCCAUUUUUGCUGUUGUUGUUUGUCUCUGUCUUUCUGCAUCUCCCUCUAACCCCUCUCUAAUCUCACAGCAGUGUCAGCGGACGUCUGUCUAUGAGUCAAGGAAGUUUUUCCUAACCUAAAUGUUGCAAGGUGUUACGUCAUAAUAGAUUAGGAGAUCAGAGGAAGUCUGAUCUUAUUAGCUGAGACUCAAUCUUUGUAAAUAUAAUUAAAUAGUGUGGUCUAGACCUGCGCUUUUUGUAAAGUGUCUUUAGUAACAUUAGUCAUAACUUUAACUCUGUCCAAAGACGAUUAAGGGGACAGGAACUAAUUAGUGUGCAAAAACAAAAUGUCAUUGCUACUUCCCAAGGUUUUACAGAUAUUUGUAUGUUAAGAGGGUUUUAUGCCUGUAUGUCAAGGUGAUAUCAGGAACACUCGAAGAAAAUACAACUCUGUAUUCAACAGGGACUGCACCUUGUCUGAACUGGAGAGGUAAAUAACCACAGAGGUUUCUUUAGUCAUCGUUUGUAGGAAUCUUUCACAGCUCGGUUGCUUCUUUUAGAAGUCGCUCUUUCACUAAAGAUCAUUUAAGGAGAUAUUCAUCGCUGCAGACUCAGUUUAUCCCAACCAAUUUAGAAUAAAGCUGAUCCAAGCUUAGUCUGUGUACGGCUUUGACUCUCUUUUUCAAAUGAGCUCUAACAUCCAUAAAACCCAGAGAUGCAGUAAAAAAAAGGGAUUCCCUUGCAGUUUAGUUAACAGACAAGAUAAAUUCCUCCAGAGCUGUGUUGUAUCUGCCACAUGGUAGUAUGACUACUACACUCUUUUUUUUCGUAUCCACUUUUUCCAGGGUUUCACUUCUUGCUUUUUCUCUCUCUGCACUUCUGCACAUCGUUUCUCAAUUCUCACCCAUGUUUCCUUCCUGUUUGCUCUGUUCUGUUCUCUGAUGACUUUAUUAUUGUUAUGACUGUGAGUGCUGGCAGGACUGAAAAGACAUCACACCACAAAGGCAGCGGCGGCAUAGGCAGCAGAAGGGGCUGAGCGUUGGAUAUGUGGAAUGACAUUUACAUUUCAAAAGAGGGGGAUGAAAUAAUCUGAGACACUUUCACAAUAUCUAACAACCUCACUUCUCUUGUUCCACCACAUCCUCUUUCACCCUGUCCUCCUUCUCUAUGAGUAAUUUUCUGUCUGUCUCUUUCUCCACUCUCAAUCAUUUUUCUCUCAUAUAUAUACUGUAUACAUACACUGCCAGUACCAUCUGCUGGCGUUACAUCUCAUGAGGAGUAAUUUGAUAUUUUGGGAGUAUCAUGGAGCUUUGCCAGAAAAACCCAAUCAUAAAUCCUAAAACUCUCUGGCUAACAUGAACUCUCCGUCUCUAUGCAAAUGAUUAAAAUGGAUGCAGGAAAUGUAUGACACAUAUUUUUUUAGCAUUCAUUUCUCUCUCUCUCUUUCUCCCUCUCUCUAGUUCUGCAUAUGAUGUUGUCUUGCGGCAGAAGGUUGCAGUGAAGAAACUGUCCCGGCCCUUUCAGUCUCUGAUCCACAGCCGACGCUCAUACCGGGAACUGAGGCUGCUUAAGCAUAUGAAACAUGAGAAUGUUAGUGCUCCAUACAGAAAUACCCAGAGACAGACUGAUGCUCUGUGCAUAUCUAUGCUCUGAUAUUGAUCAGCUCUUCUCUUUGUUUCUGAUGCUGCAGGUAAUAGGACUACUGGAUGUCUUCACACCUGCUGCAAAGCUUGAAGACUUCAAUGAGCUGUAAAUAUCAAACAUUUCUACUACAAUAUCAUGUUUCCAUUUUUCACCAAAAAUGCAAAAGGGGGGUGUCUAGUGUUGAUAAAGGCGACUCUUGGGAUUAUAGGCUCGUAGAGAUGUCUAGCGGUUGCCAUGGUAACAUCACUAUGUUCUCCCUAUGAAAUGAAUCUGCCCCAACCCCCAUUCCCAGACACUCAUACGCUCUCACUGUUCUUCCAGCUACCUGGUGACUAACCUGAUGGGCGCAGACCUCAAUAACAUCGUAAAGUUCCAGAGGCUUUCAGACGAGCACGUGCAGUUCUUAAUUUAUCAACUCCUUCGUGGCCUCAAGGUAAUUUGUUUCACUCCAAUACAUCUGCUGUUUGCAGUACAGCAUACAUAGUGUUUUUAUUUUUCAUUUGCAUGUAAAUCGUUUUUAUCAAUUUGUAGAAGUUAAUGGGUGUACUUAUAUAAAAAAUACGCCAACAAAUACAAAUUCAAACUAAUAAGUACAACAGAUAAGCAAAUAAGUAAGAUCCAUUACUUUAUUGAUAAUCUAAGGCUUCAGACGCAUAUAACAAUGAUUAGGAGAAAGCUAAACUGAGGUGGAUGUUGUGCAAUACAUCUAAGUUUCAUCAGCAUAGAAAUGAAGUUUGGAUAAGUGACGUUUAGAUCAACACUGUUGAAAAAUAAAUAGAAGAGUUCCCAACAUAAAUCCCUGAGGCACUCCUUUGGUUACCCUUGGACGAGAAAGUUGUACUUUUGGCAGAUUUUUAAUACUUGUUGGGAUGCUAGCUAGUUGUACACCCUCUAAAUCACAACACUGGACAUUUAGGGGCUCCUGCUGAAUUAAUGAGUCAAGGUAAAUUGAUUUUUGUUUAAUCUUAAAUUCUAUUUUGAGCUUCAAAUAUGAUACUAAUUGAUUUAAUAAUUUGACCUUUUUGUUUUUUAUAUUUUUGGAUUAUAUCCAAAGCUUUCUUACGUUGCAUCUGUCCAGUCGGGCUUGGUUCUCAGCCUCCCUGGUUACCAUGGCACCGACAGAAGCAGUCUCUUUUAAAGUGCCGGGCAAAGUCUUGAACUGAACUACUGACCCCUGUCCCUCUUUAUGUCCCCCCCUCUUUCAUGCCCCGUCCUCCUGCCCCACCCUGUUGCCUUUUCCACAGUACAUCCAUUCAGCAGGAUUGAUCCACAGAGUGAGUGCCCUCUCUCUCCGAUGUCUAAUCAGCUUGACCAUCAACUUUGAACAACCAUAACAACAUUUACAGGCUCUAAAAUGGAAAUAAAUGUCUUUUAACCUCUUAACAUACAGCCGCAUCGCCUUUAAACUCCUCAUUAAAGCUUUUUGAUGUCUAGAGUUAAACCUGAUUUUGGGAGGGGUAAUAAGGAUUUGUGCAAGACAAAGUUGAAACUAUGUUUGGCUCACAACAUGCUUGUUAAGUGGAGUGACAUUUCCUCUCAGUCUUAAAAAAGUGAUGUCUUACAAGAAGGGAAAAUUAAGGAUUUGGCUGAGAAAAAAUCAGAGAAAAUCAUAAAUUAGUUAGUUCCCGGUAGCACUGACAAAUACACUCAUGUCUAUUUUAGAAUAUCCAAUCAAUCUCUGUGUGUUUUAACUCUUUUAUUAUUCCUGACAAACUAUCCUUCUGAUCUUAACCCUUCCCUGUGUGUCCUUUGGUUCUCUGGUUCCCCAGGACCUCAAGCCAAGUAACGUGGCGGUAAAUGAGGACUGUGAGCUGAGGGUAAGACUAGCCUUUACUUUAAAUGUUAAAGUUUUCAUGCUAAUUAAUGAAUAUCAUUUAUAAAAGAAGCUGUCUUCCUGUUCUGCAGAUUCUUGACUUUGGGUUGGCCAGACAGACGGAUGACGAGAUGACAGGGUACGUGGCGACUCGCUGGUAUCGAGCGCCAGAGAUCAUGCUGAACUGGAUGCACUACAAUCAAAACGGUAAGAUGCCACUGAUGCUUUUUUAAUGUACUUUCCCCAAAGAAACAUUCAAGUUUAACGACUAACCCUCUGUUCCAGUUGACAUUUGGUCUGUGGGAUGCAUUAUGGGAGAGCUGCUGAAGGGAAAAGUCCUUUUUCCUGGCACUGACUGUAUCCUUUAUCAUCAUGGCGAGAGUCCACGCCAAUUUACAGCUUUUUCCCUCUAGUAGCAUCAACCCUCCAUUACAGCUUUAAGUGCCCCGGAUGAGACUACUUGUGGAUUUGCAUUACAAUCCCAGGCCUUACUAAAAGGGGAGGCGCAUCUAUGAAUGGGAGCAAUCACAAAAGGCUGAACAUCAGGUUUGUCGAGGAGCAGAGCUGAAGCAAAUUUGAUUUACUGAUCUUUGUGUUGUGGGACUUGUGGUCUAGAUUGAGCUCAGCCUUUAACUAAGUUAGUUUCAUAUGAGAUCAUCCAAUCCGAGGAGUAAAAACUGUUAUCAUGGUUGCCCUUAACUCUUCAUACUCCAAGAUAUUGACCAGCUGAAAAGAAUCAUGGAGAUGGUUGGGACUCCGACGCCCGAUCUGUUAAAGAAGAUCUGCUCUGAACACGUAAGAGAUUUUGUAAAUAAAACCCUGCUAUGCACAGACUGUAAUGCUCCAGAUGACCCCGUCUACCCGUUCUAAUUAAUUAAUCAUUCUAUUGACGUGGCCGUCGAUUGAAUCGUCAAUGUGGCAGUGCUGGGAUGACUGACUACAAACUGACAUUGACACAGUUGUGCUGGUCUGUGUUUGCAGGCACAGAAGUACAUCCAGUCUCUGCCCUUUAUGCCCCAACAGGACCUGGAAAAGAUCUUUAGAGGAGCUAACCCACUAGGUAUGUGAUGCAUCACUGAUUUGAUUAUCCAUCUUAAAUUCAAUCGCAAAGUGUUUAAGAGGUGAGUUGAUCUCUCUGUGUUGUAAAUUAGAAAAUGAUUGAGGUUUGGCCUCUAGGAAUCCUGUAAUUAUUCCAGCCCCUCUUUCCCCCUCUGUGUGUUCGUGUGCUAGCUGUGGAUCUUCUAAAGCGUAUGUUGGUUCUGGACUGUGAUGGAAGGAUUUCGGCGAGUGAGGCCCUGUCCCAUCCUUACUUCUCGCAGUACCAUGAUCCGGAUGAUGAGCCUGAAGCCCCGCCUUAUGACCAGACACUGGAGAGUAAAGAUAGAACUCUAGAGGAAUGGAAAGGUGAUGCUGAGUGCAAUGCUCAGGAUGUGUGUUUAUCGAAUACACUUUUACCUGUUUAUGCAACCUAGGGUGUAUUAGUCCUGAUACAAGAACUGCCAGAGUCAUUUUGCCCUUUAACAUACACAGUAACCAUUAUUUUUAGAGGCAUGCAGCAUGAAUGUGCUCUGAAUGUUCAUGAAAGAAGUUUGAAUUGACGGACUAGGAUGAAAUCCUUACUAUAAAUACACCAGAUAAAGGUGCACCUGGCUUUUAACGCGCACUGGAGAGUUAAAUGGUUUGUCUGGCUCGUGCCCAAAAUAUACCAAUAAAAAUAAGGGGAAAAUUGCACCUAAUUUAAGACUUGUAAGGGUUAUGCACCUUUUAACUAGCAAAAGCAGGUCAAAAUAUGCCCCUAAUGCACCAUGCUCUUUAAACCACGAGCUACAGAUUGUCCAAAUAGGGCCCUGCGUUUCCACGUUUGCUCAUGACGGAAGAAAAUAACACAAAUGUGAUGUGAUUGCAGCUUUUUCAUGGCAUUUCCAAAUAUCAAGAUAAAGCUUUUGUCUCAAUAACCUUUGAGUGAGCGGUCUUACAUCUUGGAAUAAACUCAUUAAAAAAGAAGAUUUGAUUUUACAAAAGAGAAGAUCCAGAAAUCGUCUCUUAAAAUCAGAUUAAAUAAUGACAUCCAGCUCUCCUAAAAUAUCUUAAAAAUAAGUUUGGUCACAGAAUUGGGGCUACAAGACCAAAAUUGCCUGAUUUGUUUUUUUUCUUUGCAUGAAAUCUCAAAUUGGAUUAUGUUUCAUGUUUUUGGGGGGUUAAUUGUGUGCGAAUGCUCUGAGUAGAUGUGAGUCAUACUGGGUUUUAUUUCUAGGUUUGCAUCCAAAUUAAAUUAGUUUUUAUAGAACAGCAUUACAUAAAUCCGAACAGCCUAAAAGCCUGCACCAGAAAACCUAAAUAUUAGCAUUAUGAGUUAUAACAGUGACACUGUAAGUACAUGUUAAAUCACUUAUCAUGUAAUGCUUCUAAUAUGCUUCCUCUCUUCUUUUGUAUGUGCACAGAGUUGGUGUUUGAGGAAGUGAACAGCGUCAAAGCAUCCGGCAACAAGACUGAUAGCCUUCAGGUGGAGCAGUAAGCCUUUAGCUGCUCCGCCUCGACCUCUUCCUAAAGAAGGACCACGUACUCAGUGAGUGGGAGAAAGAAUUUUAGGAGAACACUCCACGUUGUGUUUGACUGCCUGCCAUGACAUGUAGUUAUCAUGGCAGGAUGGUCUUCACACAAUCAGAUGCACACAUUGCAAUUCCAGGGAAGAUUUUAGAAUCUAUAAGAAGGAGCUUACCAGUCCAGAAAGUUGCUUCCUCCUAUGUUAGGACUCAGCGAGGCAAGAUGGAGAACCGUUCAUCGUGGCGAGGAGGAUCAGGGAUGUGACGGCUCAUACGAGGCGGCAACUUUCCAGAGCUGAACUGUGUUUACAGACUGAGAGAAAGAAAGAUAUCUAAGGAAGGGGAAAAAAUGCACACUAGGAUUUCCAAAGCAAGACAGAGCACCAUCUGGUCCCUCAUCAUGAAAACUGUUACAAGCACUCACUGCUGUCAUAUAUGGACUUCAUGUUUAAAGGCUUGCAAUAUCAUCAUGUCAUAGCACAGCUUAGCAUUAAGCCUGCAUAUUAUUGCAUGAUUUAUGUGCAUUUUAUUAUUACAAACUAUUACAGGUGCUGUACAAUAACCAUUAAGACUGCUUAUUGCAUACGCCCCUCUGCUGUGAAACCAGUCUGAGGGUCAGAAAGAGGCAUUAACUGAACGUGUGACCAAUUUUUCUAUCCAUUUUAUCGUCAUGAGUUCUGCACUGUAAAACAAAGAUAUGUAAUCGCAGAAAAAUCAUCAUUUCUCCUGGUUUAAAAGUCACCCCCUCUUUCUUGCAUAGUAAUAGUAAACACCAACUGUGCUAUUAAUUAGCAAGGUAAUUAAAAUAUGCCAAAGCUUGAACAGAGUGACUGUACUGCAGUUCUGUGUUUACAGAGUGACCUCGCUUCCCAUAUACGGUUUCUGCUGAUGACUGAUUUUCAAUCACCAGUUUGUUUGUAAAGCUAUAUCAGGUUUCCAUCAUCCUCUGAGGUGUCUUUUGCAGGCCCCGUUUGUGUUUACAAUAAUUAAUCUUAUCGGUAUUUUGUAAAACGCUGGGUACAACUCCAUGCUAACAACACUGGUCAAACACAUUCCAGGCUGAUGAUUUCCAUAAAGCGGCCAUAUUUGGAUGAUUUUUGCAACAAGGGAGUGUUUAUCAAUGAUCCCUCAGAUGCUUCACUGUCCCAGAGACAUUAUACAGAUUGUGCACAUUCAUUUGCAUUUGGAAUUAUCCGGACUUUACCAUGUUUGUGGAUGUUUCUGAAGUUUUGUCUACUACAUCAUACAGUAAUAUUAACCAGCCCAAGGAAUGCUUCCUCUUGUGUCACUAAGCAGCAUGAGAUCAGUACAUAUGCAUAUCACUUCAACAAACGGCCAACCUCCACACUGACCUUGUCUUAUUCAUCCUGCGGCAGCCUGGACUUUUAUAGAAACAAUUGUGCUGAGGCAGAAAUUAUCUGGUUGUGUUGAACCACAGCAUAAAAAGUCAUACAACCUUAGUUUUCAAGCUGAUUAAUGAAGAUGAAGUUGAAAAAUGGAGUGAAAACAUUGCAUGAACUCAAAUCUAAUCAAGUGUUUUUGUCUUAUUACCAGUAGAAAAAUGUCUCAGUCGACUUAAUCUACUGACUUAAGCCACGUUCGCUGAAGAAAAAUGUGUAACUUCCAGAUAUUGCAAGCCAAAAAAAGAAAAAAGAAAUUCACAUUUUCUUACCCUAUUGGCAGUGUUUUAUCAAUUACAAGAAUUUCAGUCUUUUGUUUGGCCUGCGAUAUCUAAAAAUAGGAUGUUUAUCUAGACUUGUGGGGUUAAUGUGAUAUAUUUAGUCUAAUGAGACAUUUUUUCUGAAAUGAGACAAAAACACAUUUUAGUUUUUGCGGUAGUUAAGUGGGUUCUCUGAUGCCAAAUGGACAACAAUUCCGCUCAUGAAUCAUCAUAAUAGCCUACAUUAUUAGAUUGCAAAAUAGUCUUUUAUGCAGCAUUAACACACAACAACAACCCUAACAAUUAUCGCAGGAAGUGUUGACUGCUGCUUUCAAAAGGAACCAAGCUUAGCCUUUUUUCCCCUGAAACACAUCAAUUUAGUCUUUUGACCGGCUGAUUAACACCAAACGAAAAACAGGAUUUUCUUCCUCUGAUUUAAUUCACAGCUUUUAGACCAGCUCAGAGAUUCACCACUGUCACCAGCUGGGUCAGGGUGAAAUAAAGGGGGUUCACUUUGACCUACCUAGUGUUCAACUUAAGUUUGACUCAACAAAACAGUUGAAAAGAAUACUUUCUUCCCAAUCAAAACAAUGCUAACAACAAGCUAGCUUUGACUCAAACUUAGCUGAUUGGGAUACAGUCUAAAUGGUUCAAUAUAAUCCUAAAUACAAUAAAAGUACAACUUAAGAUCUGCGUAUUUGCAAAAGUGUAAUUCAAGCCAGAUAGCUUAGGAAACGUCAAAUACUUGGUCUCCUGUGGGACCAAAUCCCUUGUUAUUAAUUUUUUCUGACUUACAGAAACCUUAUCUGUAAACUUCUGGGUAUUAGUAAAUGGUUAGCAUAGCACUUAUACGAGUCUUUAGUGAGUUAGUUUGCUCAACUGACCGCCAAGGAUCCACACAGCUUCUUUACGUUAGCUAAAAAGCUACAAGCUAGCAUUAGCAUCUACCUAGCUAGCUUAAAAGUUUAGCUUCAGUUCUUUGGCUUUACUACUUCAUGUUACAUGUUGUACAUUCAGCCAGUGGGAUACUUCGGCCUCAAACGGGUGUUGGUGAUAACAAAAAGUAAAAAAAUAACAGCUUAGUUCUUUUCUCUCUGGAGUUUCUACAUGUAGCCUCUUGUGUAAGUUUUCCCAUGAACACUGACCGCAAAAUGUUCAAAUUACAGCCCAAAUAAAUCAAAACCAUCUGUCUCAUUCAAUGAGUGUUCAAGCUCUGAAUGUUAGUAUAACGUGCUUAUGUGGAUGUUGUAUAUGUGGUUGACUUGAAUAGCAAACUGCAAAGCGAAUGUAUAUGUAUAAUGUAUGUAUGUUAUAAGGUAGAAGUGUCUUUCGAAUAACUGAUGGCAUGUGAUUUAACAGUGGUGUCCAGUUUCAAAUCACUUAAGAGAAUGUCAGCUCUCCAUUUCCAGUUGAUUUUGAUGAUUUUCUCACACCAUUGAACGGGUAUCAUGACUAAGCAAGUCUUGGCUUUGACUGAAUAAAGACCAUCAUUUCUGCUAGUCA